CUUCGCGCCAGAAUCGUUAAAAAAUGAAUUUGUCAAAUGUAUUAUGUAUAAAACUGUCGUAUAACGUAUUGUUGGGAAGAUAAAAGUGGUGAUUUACGCACUAUUAAAUAGAACUUGAAAUAUCAGAUAUGCCCGAAGAACAGUCUCUCACAAGUGCAAGCCUUGAACGGCUGUUAGACGUAAUGGAGGAUUAUACCUUAGAAGAAAAUAAUUAUCAGAGCAUUCAAAAAGCUUUGGAGUUAACAGAUAGUGUGUCUAUACAAGCAAUUAAAAAGUUAUUAUUGAUAUGUGUUUGUGAUCUUAAAGAAGACGUAAACUCUACUUUAAAUGGCCUUAAUAUUUUACGGACGCUUUUAAUGAAAAUUAAGGUAAAACCAUGUUUACCUCUGCCAGAUCUUUUGCCUUCAGCCAUAGUUGUUCUAAGAAUGUUAAAAACCACAGCAUUGUUCAACAAAGUGGAAACUCUCAAGAUGUUGUGUUUCGAGAUUAUGUCUCUGUAUCCCGAUGAAACACUUAUAGCGUUAGUUGUAGAUCAGUCUAAUGAACUGAUGGAACUUUUUAAUUUGUAUUGCCAUCAAAGGAUACCACCAGAAAUUAGAAUACAGCCUCUAUGUUUGGUAACAACUUUACUGAAGAUAUUGCCACCAGACAAGAAGGCAACUUUUGUCAAAGAAGGUCUAAAUAUUUGGUUCUCAAAGAUUAUACCUACAGUAAUGCUAUGUCCUACAAAUAAAAAUGUUCUUGAGACAUUGGAAUUAUUAACAGAAGAAAUUGUUAAAUUUGAGUACACCGACAAUCAACACUGGAAAAAUGUCUUGACAUGUAUCUACACACCACAAAAGUAUCCAUCUGUUAUGAAAUCUUUACUGGAACAAGGAAAUGAAGCUUGGCAUAGGGUAUGGAUAGUUUUUAUAAAACUAUUGAAAAGCCAAAUAACAAAAAACACAAGUACUGUUGGGAGUCCUAUCAAUUCAAUGCUUCCAGUUGUCGAGACAGCUUUUAAAAUGGAUGUACAGAACAGAUGCAGGGCUUUUAAAUGUUGGAAUGUCUUAAUUGACAAUUUCUCAUCGGAGACGAAUGAAGUUUAUAUAAAUAAAAGGAUAAAACUACUUAUUAUCCCGCUUCUGUCGAAUAAUGCUAAAGUGGAGGAAACAGCUUUAGCUAAACUGAAAACUUGGUGGCAUUUGAUAAAGUGCUUCCAUUCAAAUAUGAAUAAUUUUUCUCAAACUAUACUGGUACCGUUUUUACAUUUCUGCUUUGGGAAACCAGUUUCGGAUAAACCAGUCAUUAUACCUGGUAUGAUAUCAAAUGUUACGAAGACUGAAUGUGUUAAAGUGUUUAUUAAUGUAGUAGGUCACGGCAGUUGUAAUGGCUGUGUGGAAUAUCCAAAAUUAAGUGAUAAAAUUAUCGACCCUAAAGUGAUUGUUAGCCAUCGAUUAAUUUGGAUACAUUCACUCACUGCUGCUUUGAGGAUUUGCAUUGAAAAUGAUUUUAAACAGGAACAUAUUGAAUGUGUUUGGAAGGCAUCUCUUAUGACAGUUGGUGAAAUCUCAGAGGGCAAUGUUAGGAGAGACAUCUUCAAUCAAGUACUGGCAAUCUUAGAAAAGUUACCUAGGGAUGGCAAUAGAAGAGAUGCUGAAGUUAUUAAUAAUAUUUUAAUUCCUAUAUUGUUUGAAAAUAAUGAUAAAAUCAGACCUUUGUUGGAAACUGGUAAUGAUGAAGACUCUCCUGUUACAAAAAUCAUUGCUACAUUGAGGCUUUCAAUAUCAGAUACAGGUCCUGGACCGAAUGUAGCUAAAUUGAGAUAUGUGACAGAUUAUCUUGUAGAUGAUGCAUUCAAAACAUCAAGUCACACAAUUGAAUGCCUGUUAAAGGACUUGUCAUCAAAUAAUGUAUCAAUAUGGAUUGCUUUGUCACAAUCAAUUUGUGAACAAAAAUACAGUUUGUGUUCAAGGACGCUAUGUAAAAUGCUUCUCUGGCCAUUCAAUUAUUUAGACGCGUUUGUAAAGAAUAAUGAAGCAACUUCUUCUUGGAUUGAGUUAUACAAAUUUUUGUAUCCAACGCUCCAUAUGACUACUUUGUCUACUGAUAUACUGAAUGCACUGUUGGCUUUGAAUGGUACCAAAUAUUCAAGAAUAUUUGUAUUAGAUGUUAUUUUACUGUUAUUGCAACAAAAAUUAGACACUCCAGAAGCCACUAACAUUGACAAAGAAGCUCAAUUAUUGUACAAAUCAGUUUGUAAUUUAAACGAAACAGAUUUCCCUUCUAUUCUACCAACAUUGUCAAAUAUCAUUGUGAAUAUAUGUAGCAGUGUUAAGAAAAAUAUUAAUGAAAAAAUUGCCAAAACAACUGUUUUAACGGCUGCUAAUGUAUUGAAGAAAAGUCUUUCUAUAUCAGAAUCAAGCAGUGACAUGUCGUUUGUUAUCAAUAAUUUGAAGAAAAUGUUGGAAUCUUUGGACAUGAUGUUCGAAAUGGAAAAAUAUAGCGAUCUCAAAUUAUUGCUUGUAGAUGAUUUAAAAAAUAUAGCACAUAUUCUCAAAAAGGAAGAGAAAGUGAAUAAAAUUACUGAAGUAAUUCACAAAGCAUCUAACAAAAAUGAUAAGUUUAGUGAACUUGUAAAAACUUUUGAAAAUGACGAUCCUAAAAAUGUAGAAAGUAAUAAAUUGCGGUCAAAGGAGAAGCCUUCUACGCCGAGUAAUAAAGUAUCAAAUAAAAAUAAAAAGAAAGAAACGAGUAUUGUGAAUACGGUUGUUGAAAAUGGGGAAGAAUUUGUAGUAGUCAAAUCAAAUUGGAAAUUCAAUCCGCGUAAGUUAACGGACAAUCAGAAAGAAAAAUUACAAAGAAAGAGAGAAGACAUUCCGGCUCUGUACCAAGAUUUGUCGCAAUCUCAGGACGAUUUCAAACUAACUGCGUGGAAAAGCGAUUCAAUGGAUACCUCUACCGGAAGUAAGUCUGCUAGUGUACAAGGCAAUGAAGACGCAAAAACCAUACUGAAAAACAUACCAAACAAUGAAUUUGUACCAAAAAUGUUAGAAAAUAUAAUAGAUAAGGAAAAAGAUUCGAAAACUAAAGCCGACAGUGAAAAUGAGUCUGUUAAAUUAAAAAAUAAUGAUAAAAUAACUAAAAUCACAAACAAAGUCGCAAAAUCGCCGCGCAUGGCCUUAAAGGAUCGUGUUUUUCGCAACGUUCGAAAUUUAAUCGAGAAAUCGAACGUAUCAGAGAACGAAAAUACUUCUAAUAUAAUGGGAAAUGUUUCAAAAACACCAUCAAUGACGAAAACAAAGCUUACGACCAAUCUCACUAACUCUGCGCCAUCGCAUAUCAAUGCUGAUAGACCAACACGCGUUAAAAGAAAACCUAGGAAGUUCGAUGAUCUACAAAUAUUUUCGUUAAAGAAAAGACGUUACUCUGCUGGUCUCAGUGAUUCCCCAUCUGAUGGAGAAAUUACAGAUAGUCCAGUAGAAGACGUUAAUGCUGCGACAGUUUCUAAAGAUAAUAACGUCAAAGAGCCUAUUGAUCCAAAAGAUAAUGAAGGGGAAAAUAUUGAUGAAGACUCGUCAGCCAAACAAAGUUCUAAGGACAUCAAAACCGUUGAACAAAAGGAUGAUGCCUGUGAUGGUGGUAAAAAAAUUGGAAAAGAAGAAUCUAUUGAGAUUACAGAAACAUGUCAAGAAAAUCGAAAUACUGAAGAGGGCCAAACAAGUGACGUCGCAAAAACGGAAAAGGAAAUAGAAGAAACUCCUUCUCAGUCUCAGGAUACAGAACUUAGCACACCCAAAGCUUCUGAAAAAAAUAAAGCAACCGAUGCCCCUAAGUCAUCAAAUAAAAAAUCGACUAAAAAGUCUAGAAUUGAAAAGGAGUUAGCCAUAGACAUGGUUGAAGGUCAUCCAUUCUUACAAGUGCAGUCGGAGAAGAGAUUGACUAGGAAAGCCAUUUUAAACACCCCCUGCACCAGAAAGAACUUGUCAUCAAAAUUGAAUAAAAAUAAAUCAGAACCCAAAAGUGCCAAAAGAGCCGAAAAGAAAGCGAAAGAUCUAAACGUUUCCUUAAAACAAACUCAAAAUGAAGUUGACAUUGUUGAAACGCAGGAUGUUAUAGAAAGUUCCCAAGAAUCUACUGUCUCUACCGUGUCUGUAAAGACACCGAAGGGUAUUACAAAUAAAUUGCCUAUCGUGUUACUAGAUAACAACUCAUUUGUGGGCGAACAGUCACAGAAUAUAUUGUCGGACAGCAAUUGUGACGUCCCCACUGACAUCACAGAAGAUAUCGAGUUACCUCGUAAUAAAACAAAAGAAAACCUUGUUAUAGAUUUAACAGAAAAUAUGGACACAGAAACAUUUGAUAAAUCCUCGGAGGACGUCAUUACCAUUAAUGACGAAGAUGAAUCGAUUAUGGGAGAAAAUAAAAAUGAAACUGUGAUUCUGGAAACACAGAUUGCGGCGGAAGCUGACACAGAAUCGCUGGACCCAAAUGUAUUAAUGGGUUUUAAUGAACAAGAAUCACUUACAAAUACAGGCGAAAAUAUCUCAGAAAACAAUAAAAGUGCAAGUAAUGAAGAUUUAGAUAUUGAUGUCACCAAUGCCUCGACUGUUGCAACUCCUGAGGAUGUAACCAAAACUAUGACUGAUUCAAUGUUAGUGGAAGUUCAAACUGACGAGGCUUGCUCUUCAUUCAAAGAUGAAGAACAAAGGAAAAAAGAUUUCCUCAACAACACGCUUGAAAUAUCUCCUAUAAAAACUUUAAGCCCGUGUAGAGAUAAAAAAUCUCCAUCGCCGGAAACAAGUAGUGAUUACGUUGUUGUUAAACUGUCUUCGCCAGUGAACAUCAAUGGCGAGCCAAUCAGUAAAUGUGAAUCGCCUGAGAUCUUCACAGAGGAUAAAGAAUCUCUGGACGCGAGAGAUCUUUCACCACCGAGAGAAGAAAUCAAUGUUACUAAUUCUAGUCCAAGAUCAUCUUUGUCAUUAAAGAAAAAUAAACCGCAAGUGCGCCAAGGCGGUCGGGGGGCGCAAAUGCUCGGUUUAUGUGUCCCAGAUAGAAUACAAACUAUCAUUACUUCUGAAAAACCUUCAGAUACUGAAGAUACAAAAAAGAGUCCGUCGAUGAACACAUCAGCGAGGCGCAAUUUGAGGAUACUAUAUAACAGUUCCAGUGGUGAUAACAAUGAUGGGUCCGAAACGGAUAAGGAUGGUGAAGAGAGUACCACGUUUUUGAAAUUUGAAAGAUCUUUGCCAUCUGUAGACUGCAGUCCGUCCGUUCCCAUUUUAAAGAGAAAAUUGGCUGAAAUAACUGACGAAGCCACCGCCUCGCCGGCCAGCAAAAGAAAAAGAGUAAGUUUUCACGAUCCUCCUGUAUCUACAACUAUAUGCGUCAAAAAAUAUAUAGAACCGUGUGGCGUACGGUCACCUCAGAAUUCAGCUAUUAAAAGGCAGGAGAGACAAUUGCGUUCCCAGUUGCCAACAAGAUCACCAAAGAGGCUCGAUAAUGUUUUUAAGCUAGACUCAGUUCUGACUAAAACUAUAGAAAGCUUCAAUACUGAGUUAACUGAAGAUACUGCAGUGAGUUCCCCAGACGAGACAGCAGUGUUGGAAGUAAUUAAAACCAGUAAUAUAAAUGAUACGGAUCCAAUUUGUUUGGAAUUACUUGAUUGUGAAGACCCCGUCACUAAUAUUGCCGAAGAAUUGUCAUCGGUUACAACGACAACUUUACUGAUGAAAGAGUUUGAAGGAAAAGUCGCUAAAAUCGGGGACCUCGCAAGAAUGACUGAAUUGGAAAUAAACAGAUUUUCCAUAAAAGAACCCAAAAUUGAAUCCGUCAAAGGAGUAUUAAACAAAUAUGUUGCCAAUAAUGAAAAAUUAAAUGAUGAUAAAACUGAAAAAACCACUCCCUUAAAUGAAUCUAUAGUGUCUGAGGUUCCAUUUAAUUCCAUUGAAAUACAAACAAAUGAAGUGACGUCUGAAAAUAACGAAAUGCAAACAGACAAACAAGAAUUCAGCCUGAAUUGUACACAGACCGAUGAUAUAGAGACAAAUCAUUGUAGUUCACAAACAAAUGAAACAGGUUUUAGGACAACAGCAGAUAUUGUAACGAAUUGUUUGGCAGAAAGAAACGAUUUCGUAGAUAAUAUCUGUGUUAAUUUGGACGAAACUGCUAAACAGAAGAUAGCUGAAAAAUUGUCAUUCAACGCUCUUAGUGACGUGAUCAUGAAGAAAGUUAAUUCAUCCAACCGCAAUGACUUCCUCCACAGGAUAAUUAAAGACCAGAGCGUUCACAGUUCUACUAAUGGUAGCGGCGCUGACAAGAAACUGUCUGUAGUGCAGGAUUAUCUGUGCAGUUUCUUUGAGUCUAAAGAAUUGAUACUAUUUUGUAGUGAUUUAUUAAGGAAGGUACACGAGAAACCUUCAUAGCUGAUAGGUUUAUUACAUAUGUAUAUUAUUUUAAAGUUGAUCCUAGUUAAGAUUAAUUAUGAACUUUAGUUCAGAUCGGAGGCUGGACUUAUAGUUUUAAUGUUUAGCUUUAAAUGUUAAUUGUAAGUUAAUUUUUCCAAGGACAAUGAAACCAGGAUAUGUGUUUUAUCAAAACUAAUUUUAUUAAUUAUAAAACAAUUGAAAUAUUUACAAUAUUCAGUCAUGAGGUGUGACAGCGAUCACAUAUCAUUCAUACAAAUAAAUUUAUUGUCAUAAAAUGCAAGGCAAUUACGUUAUAGUAUGAACGAUUAUUUAUAGAACAUUUUCUUUUCCAUAUAAAAGGUACCAUAGAUAUUGGUACAUGGCAUCAGAAGUGUAUCACAUAAUAUUUACAGAAAUCUCUAGACAUUCAACCGUUAAAGCUUCGUUAAUCAAUGAUAAACUUAUACAAAACUUUAAAUACACACAUAUUUACACGUCUAAGGUACAAACCCGACCCAAAAUUAAAAAUAGUUAUCACACUAGAAACGUCUUUAACUUUUUUUUUUUUUAAAUAAGUUUAAUUAGCUCUAACCCUUUUUAUUCUGCCAGGUUAGAUAUGUAACGUUAAUGAUAGUUUAAGCAAGGACUGAAAUAGCGUUAUUCACAUACACCUUAGGAACUUGUAAGUUUAAAUAAAUUAUUAUAAAAUUUAUUGUGUUUAUUUAUUUUUAUUUAUUUUU